UGUGGGCGGGGCGAGGCCGGCCCGGCAGUUCCGGGCUCAGCACACGCGGGUCGGGGCGGCGGCGAUCGAGGACUGGCACCGGGAUCGGGAUCGGCACCGGCACCGGGGCAGCGCCGCGAUGCAGCCGCCGCCGCGCAAGGUGAAGCUCACCCAGGAGCUGCGGGUCCAUCUCCUGGAGCAGCUGUCGGGCCUGCAGAGCAAACAGCAGCGGGACGCCGAGCUGCUGGAGGACAUCAGGUCCUACAGCAAGCAGAGGGCCACCAUUGACAGGGAGUAUGGGCAGGCGCUGCAGAGGCUGGCGAGCCAGUUCAUGAAGAGAGACUGGCAGCGGGGCCGUGGCGAGGCCGGUGACUCCAGGAGCGUGGCCGCUGUCUGGAAAGGCGUCAUCGAGGGGACAGCACACACCGGGCAGGUCCGGGUCACCGCCUCCGAGAGCUACCGCGCCCUGGCUGCCGAGGCCGCCCGCAGCGCCCGCCUCUCCAAGGAGAGGACACUCAAGAAGGGCAUCGAGCGGCUGCAGAAGGCGCAGGCGGAGCUGCUGGAGACGGUGAAGGAGCUGGACAAGGCGAAGAAGCAGUUCAGCCACCUCCAGCGCAGCAGCGAGGUGGCCAAGGACAAGGCGGCCGAUGUGGAGGCGCGCCUCCGGAAGAGCGACCGGCGGAUAUUUCACACCAAGGCCAGUCUGCAAAAGCUCAGUGCCAAGUUCUCAGCGCGACUGGCCGAGCACUCGAGGCAGCUGGCAGGGGUGCAGAACGAGUACAGCUUCGCCCUGGUGUCUGCCUCUGCCCACCUGGAGCAUUACCAGCGUGUGGAGCUGCCCGCUGCUAUGCAGGUAGGACCCCCGUGCCCCAUCCCCAGGAUCCCACAGGGAACCAGCAGGGAGGGCACAAGGCCAGGGCUGGCUGCCGUGAGGGGGAUCAAGGAUGCUCCAUGUGGCAGUUCUGGGGGGGUUCCCACCCGCUUUACCCCAGGCACUGGAUGGGGACCUCUACGAGCGGCUCCGGGAGCACUUGUCGGCCGCCAGCCGGACAGAGGUGGAGACCUGCCGGGCCACCCGGGACUGGUUCCAGGGCGUUGUGGAGGCGUCUGCACGGGUAACAGCACCGUCCUGCGAGCUGGCUGGGACAGGAGGGCACGGCUGAGCCCUCGGCCCCAUGCUGCUCCCCUGCUGCAGGUGUGCCGGGAGCAGGACCUCCUCCUCUUCCUGCACGACCACCCUGCCUUCUCCCUGGCGCCUGAGCAGCGCUUCCAGCUCUCCGGGGUGGAGGAGGUAAGUGGAGGGGGUCAUUACAGCAAGGUGGGGUCUGCACAGCCACCCCUUUGUCACCCCCGUGUCCUUGCCCAGGUGUGCCUGCUGCCACCAGCAGACGACGGGGCCAGCCUGGAGAAGGAGGCACGGCGCUGGGCCACGCGAGUGGCCCGGGACCACAAGAACAGGGCGCACAGCGAGGAGGUGCUGCAGCGGCUGGAGGCCAGGCGGCAGCAGGGGCCGGAGGCAGAAGCGGCGGCUGUGGAGCGGCAGAUGGAAGAAGCGAGGGAAAACAUCCGGAAGGCAGAGGUGAGCCGAGUGAAAGCCCAGGCACGGCUGGCGCUGCUGCAGGCAGCAGGGCUGGACGUGGACGCCUGGCUGGCCGGGGCCACCAUGGUGGGGACAGGUGAGGAGACCCCCACGGGGCUGGACCCGGCCGAGUUCGAUGACUACGAGGACAGUGAUGAGUCGGAUGAGGAUGAUGAGCCUGGGCCUGCUGCUCGCACCUACCCCUACACCUGCCGGGUGAUCUUUGGCUACCAGGGCUGCCAGGCGGACGAGCUGUCCAUCAGCCAGGGCGAGGAGCUGGAGAUCAUCGAGGAUGGGGAUGCAGAGGAGUGGGUGAAGGCUCGGAACAAGGCAGGGCAGGUUGGCUACGUCCCUGAAAAGUACCUGCUGUCCCUGGGGUGUGACUCGGGGGCUGGGCUCGGCCCCCCAGGCCCCUCUGCCUUGCAGCGCCAGCUCUCCAGCAUCAUGGCUGCAGAACUGGUGCUGGAGCCUGGAGCCUGGCUGGUGCGAGCCCUGUACGACUACGAGGGGCAGAGCCCCGAGGAGCUGAGUUUCCCUGAGGGAGCCAUCAUCCGGGUGCUGCCCCGCGCCGCCGGCGAGGUGGACGAUGGCUUCUGGACCGGCGACUUCGACGGCCGCGUCGGCGUCUUCCCCUCCUUGGUGGUGGAGGAGCUCACCGGGGCCCGGGAGGCAGCCGGGCAGGAGCUGCCGUCGCCGUCCCCUCCGCCCUUCUCCCCUCCUGGCCUGGCACCCGGGGCCAGCCUGGUCCCCAGCCCUGCUCCUGAGACAGCGCUGGGAGGUUGCCGGCAGGAUGGCACGGGCAGCGGGCAGAGUUCUCCAGACCUGGCUGCCACACGUCUGCGGCCGCUCCGUGCGCCGCCCCCACCGCCCGGCAGAGCCCCCGAGCCCGACCCCGAGCUUCACCUCAGCUGACCCUGUGGGUCCUCCCAGCCCCCCAAGCCCCAAAAAGCUUUGCCCAAGCAAGCCACCACAGGCUGCUGUCCCAGCAGUGGGGACUGGUGCUGCCCCAUGCCCUGAGCUGGUCUCUCCAGGGGCUGCAUCCUGCCCAGUGCUGCUUGCAGAGUGGUCCUGCAUCCCGGUACAGCACCCAGAACCCCUCUUUUGGGGUGCCCG